AUGAGCAAAAAAGUUGCAUCACAUGCAUUGAAAAAUAAUGAUUUUGAGGUGUGGUGGAGUUCAAAUGAUAAAAGUCCAACUAGCUCUGGUGUGGGGCUCAUGAUUAAAAAAUCAAUAUCAAUAUAUGUCCAAAAGGUCAAAGAAUCAAAUGAUCCUGAUAAAUUAGAACUAGAUAGAAUGAACAAUAAAAAAAUAGAUAGAAAAUACCAUUUUAUCAAAUUUUUACAAAAUAAAAAUUAUAUUGACAUUCAUACAAACAUAGAAGAUGACAAAUGUUAUACAUGGAAGAACAACAAUAGUACAAGUAGGAUAGAUCUCAUAUGGAUGCCAAAUAAUAUGCUAGAUGAAGAAGCUAAUAUAAAAAGGAAACAAAUGAGAAGACAAGUAUUUUCUUUUGACAACAUGAAAGAAGAAGACUGGUUAAAAUAUGCUGAAACAAGUGACAACUUAUGGAAAGACUCUCAAAUGAAUAAAUUUAAAUUUCCUGAAAAUCCUGGUCAUCAUGAUCUGAAUAGAAUGUGGGAUGCAGUAAGAAAUACUCUCAUCAAAACAGCCGAAAAAACAAUUCCAAAACGAUGGGUAUCAGAAUCAUUCAAAUACAUUAAAUCAAAAGAAUUGAUCAAAAAUUAUAGCUAUCUCAGGAAGGUUAACAAAAUUUUAAUUAAAUUCAACAAUAUAAAAAUUUACAAUGACAAAAUACCUUCUCAGACUGAAUGGAAUAAAGACAUAAAGAUUUUAAAUAAUAUCAUCAAUAAUGAUGCAACAACUUUAACUUAG